UUAAACCUUGAACCACGGCUUCUUCAAAUUGAAAUGAAGCAUAUAGUUUCAGUCAUUUCUCUCUUCUAAUAAUAUGGUUCGGGUCUAUUAUUUACCCGUGUGUUGGGCAGUCCUAUCUCUCUUCGGAUCCAUUGUGUCAGGUCGGGUCACACCCGGCUCACGAUUGAUUGCACGGGAGAAGCAAGCAUGGAUUUCAGACAAUGAGACUUUUGCCUUCGGAUUUGCCGAGACAAACUCAAGAAACAAUCAAUUUCAGCUCGGAAUAUGGUUUUAUCAACUUCCUAGUGAUCGCACGUUUGUUUGGUCUCCUGACAUAAAUUCUCCAGUCAGCAAAGACGCAAUCCUUGAGUUCCAACCCAACGGCAACCUCGUCCUCACCGACGGCAGCGCCACCUUCUGGUCCUCCAACUCCACCACCUCCGGCUCCCCCACCGCCGCCAUGUCCGACAACGGCAACUUCAUCAUCUACGGCCCCAACCAAACCGUCGCGUGGCAGAGCUUCUCCCAUCCCUCCGACACCCUCCUCCCCGGCCAACCCCUCACCGCCGAUCUCGAGCUCACCUCCUCCAAAUCCUCCUCCCGCGACGGCUACUACACCCUCAAAAUGCAGCAGCAGCCCACCUCCCUCAGCCUCGCCCUCACCUACAAUCUCCCCGAAUCCCCCGAUUCUCCGCCGGAGCCGCUGUCAAACUUCUCCUACUGGUCCGGUCCCGACAUAUCGAACGUCACCGGGGACGUCUUCGCCGUCAUGGACGACGGCGGCAGCUUCGGCAUAGUCUACGGCUCCUCCGCCGACGGCGCCGUCUACGUGUACAAGAACGACAACGACAGCGGCGGCUUAUCCGCGGCGAUGAACCGGACGAGUAGCCCGGUGGUUAUCCGGAGAUUGAUCUUGGAAGCUAACGGCAACCUGAGGAUGUAUCGGUGGGACAACGACGUCAACGGAUCGAGGCAGUGGGUGGCGGAGUGGGCCGCCGAGUCGAAUCCAUGCAACAUCGCCGGGAUAUGCGGCAACGGGAUAUGUAACCUGGACAGGAGCAAGACGAACGCGUCUUGCUCCUGUCUGCCCGGGACAGCGGAUUCCGAAGAGGGAAUCAGCUGCUACGGGAAUUCGUCGGAAAUUAUGUGUGGGGCGAAUCAUGAGAAUGUGACGCCUAAUUUGAAGAUGUCUGUCCUGAAGGAUACGAAUUACUACUUCUCUGAAUCGUCGGUGAUUGCGAAUUAUAGCGACGAGGGGACGGUGUCCAAAUGCGGAGACGCUUGCUUGUCGGAUUGUGAUUGUGUUGCUUCGGUUUAUGGUUUGAAUGAGGAGAAGCCGUACUGUUGGAUUUUGAGGAGGUUGGAUUUCGGAGGGUAUGAGGAUCUCGGCUCGACUGUGUUCGUGAAGGUGGAUUCGGAUGGGGAUGGGUUAACCAGUGAGGAAACAGGGAAGGUUGUGGUGCUCCCUAUUGUUUUGAGCAUCACUGUGCUAAUAGGCCUUCUUGUUUGCAUGUUGUAUAUCAACGUUCGUCGGAAGAGGAAGCUGAGACGAGCUCUCGAGAGUUCUCUCAUCGUGUCGGGCCAGCCCAUCAGUUUUAGCUACCGCGAUUUGCAGUUCAAGACUAGUAACUUUUCGCAGCUACUGGGAACAGGAGGAUUCGGGAGCGUGUACAAGGGAAGUCUAAGCGAUGGGACAUUGAUCGCGGUGAAGAAGCUAGACAGAAUCCUGCCUCAUGGGGAGAAGGAGUUCAUUACAGAAGUGAACACUAUUAGCUCAAUGCAUCAUAUGAAUUUGGUGAGAUUGUGGGGAUAUUGCUCGGAGGGGAUCCAGAGGCUUUUGGUUUACGAGUUCAUGAAGAAUGGAUCGUUGGAUAAGUGGAUCUUCUCAUCCAGUUGCAGCAGGAUUCUAGACUGGGAAACUCGGUUUCAAGUGGCGGUAGGUACUGCACAAGGAAUCGCGUACUUCCACGAACAGUGUCGGGACAGGAUAAUCCACUGCGACAUAAAGCCAGAAAACAUUCUCCUCGACGACAACUUCAAGCCCAAGGUGUCGGACUUUGGGCUAGCCAAGAUGAUGGGGAGGGAGGCGUCGCGGGUGGUGACCAUGAUACGUGGGACGAGAGGGUACCUGGCUCCUGAAUGGGUGAGCAACCGUCCCAUAACUGUAAAGGCGGAUGUGUAUAGUUAUGGGAUGCUGCUGUUGGAGAUCAUAGGUGGGAGGAGGAAUUUAGAUAUGAGCUAUGAUACAGAGGAUUUCUUCUACCCUGGGUGGGCUUUCAAGGAGAUGAAGAUGGGGAGGGCCGCGAAGGCGGCCGACAGACGGCUGGAAGGGGCAGUGGAGGAGGUGGAGGUGGCGAGGGCGUUGGGGGUGGCGUUUUGGUGCAUCCAGGAUGAGAUUGCGGUGAGGCCGACGAUGGGGGACGUGGUGAAGAUGUUGGAGGGGUCGGUGGAGAUAAACGAGCCGCCGAUGCCGCAGGCUGUGGUGGAGCUAAUUGAGGAAGGAUUGGAUAAUGUGUACAAGGCUAUGAAGAGGGAAUUCAAUCACUAUAGUUCAUUUACUAUCACUACUCAUCCUUCUUCUUCUCAUGCAACAUGUAGCUAUUCCACCAUGUCGCCUAGAUAAAUAUCUAUAUCUAUAUCUGCAUUGGAUUGGAUUGAGAUUAGAACAAGAGUUAGUACUGGUAUACACAAUUUUAAUAGGGCUUCAUCUCUUCACACUUCAUCACUUGAGCAAACCAUUUGUUCUAAAAUAACCUCUUUUUUUUAAAAAAAAAAAUCACAUUUUCUUGCAUACAA